AAAUAUAUCGACAGAAACAAACUGUGAUGGAAUCAAUCAAACCUAAUAUUGGGCGUUUUAUUCGAUGCCCAUUGAUUUUACAGAAAUCACAAAUCAAAUGAAUUUAGGGCUUCUUCAAAAUACCCUCCUCUUCCCUCACUUCACUACCACUACUACUCCUAUCUCCUCUCAGUUCUUCUUCAAGAAUCCCACUUUCACAGGUGGAAAGAAUUGGGUUUUGAGGGCUCAGAAUUCUUGCAGUAAGAGUGAAUCAAUACAACUGGUUGCAGAAUCAAUGGAUAUAAAGAAUGAGUUGAAUAAGAAUCUUUAUGAACAGAUAGAGCCUUAUGCUACUGGCUUCUUGAAAGUUUCUGAUGUUCAUACUAUUUACUGGGAGCAAUCUGGGAAUCCUUCUGGUCAUCCAGUUCUAUUUCUACAUGGGGGUCCAGGAGGUGGAACUUCACCGGGUAAUAGAAGAUUUUUUGAUCCUCAGUUUUAUCGAAUUAUUCUCUUUGAUCAGAGAGGAGCCGGUAAGAGUACACCCCAUGCUUGUUUGGAGGAGAAUACAACAUGGGAUCUCAUUAAAGAUAUCGAAAAACUAAGAGAACACCUCGAAAUCCCGGAAUGGCAGGUUUUCGGUGGCUCAUGGGGAAGCACACUUGCUCUUGCAUACAGUCAGUCGCAUCCUGAUAAAGUCACCGGGAUCGUCCUUAGAGGGAUCUUCUUAUUAAGGAAGAAAGAAAUUGAUUGGUUUUACGAAGGCGGCGCUGCUGCAUUAUACCCUGACGCGUGGGAGCCGUUUAGAGAUCUUAUACCGGAAAAUGAAAGAGAUUGCUUUGUGAAGGCAUAUCACAAGAGAUUGAAUUCUGAUGACUUGAACACUCAAUAUGAGGCUGCUAGAGCAUGGACGAAAUGGGAAAUGAUGACUGCUCAUCUGAUACCAAAUGAAGAGACUAUUAAGAAAGGGGAUAGUGAUGAGUUCUCACUGGCUUUUGCAAGGAUUGAGAACCAUUACUUUACAAAUAAGGGAUUCUUUUCUACAGAUUCUCAUCUCUUGGAUAAUAUCGAUAAAAUCAGGCAUAUCAAUGGUGUAAUUGUACAGGGAAGAUAUGAUUGUUGUUGCCCAAUGAUGUCAGCAUGGGAUCUGCAUAAAGCUUGGCCAGAGGCAGAUUUUAAGGUAGUUACAGAUGCAGGGCAUUCUGCUAAUGAACCGGGCAUAGCAGCAGAACUUGUAGCAGCAAAUGAGAAGCUGAAGAACAUUAUUAGGAACAAGUGAAUUUGUUAAUGAACCGGUUACAAACAUUUUUUUUUUUAUUUUUGAGCCAUCUUUGCUCCAGUUUUAGGCUAAGACUAACCGGUCACAAAGGUUUUUUGUUCACUUUUGUCAUGGGUGUGAUUUUGAUACUUGACUGCUUUAAUAAUGUUCCUUUACAAGAGUCACUCAGAUAAGUAAAUAGAACUUGGCAAAUUCAA